UUCGGUGUCAGUGACGUAUCACAAUGACAUUUCGUUUAUAUAUACGCGUGACGAUAUAGUUUCGGAAAGAAGACGUUCAACUUUCACCAUGGAUAGUCGCUACUCGGGAAUUCUCUUUGUUCUCUUCGUGUUCCCCGGAGUGAAAACGGAGCCAAUUCCCCUUGCUGAUUGCGCAAUAGUUGGCGUGGAUUGCGGCCCGAACACUUUUUGUGAUAACGAAGGUUUAAGCUUCAAGUGUGUGUGCAAAUCGGGUUAUGGUGUUGACGGGGACACGUGCAUAGAUCUCGAUGAAUGCGCAACUAACCCGUGUGCCACUGAUGCGAUGUGUGCGAACACAGAUGGUUCGUACAAGUGCCAGUGUAAAGUGGGAUACACGGGAGACGGCGUCAACAGCUGUGUUUUAGCCGUUAACGAGUGCUUAACAGGUGCCUUCACUUGCGACGAAAACGCUUUCUGUACAGACGCCACUGUAGGCUACACCUGUACCUGCAACUCGGGAUAUACCGGUGACGGGAAGACGUGCACAGAUGGCGCUGGCACGUACGACUGUAAUAGGGACGGACAGGAAUGUCAGAACUCGAAGACGUGCAAACCUGAUGGAACGUGUGCUUGUGGAAGCACUCAUGCUGGCCUCGACUGCAGUGUUGACGCAGCUCUAGUAGAUGCGGAACCUCCAUGCACCGCUGGUGCCGAUGUCUGUGGCCCAGCACAUAAGGGAGUUUGUAGUAAAGCUUCCUCCACCAGCGAUGAUUUGGUCUGCACAUGUAAUUCUGGAAGCGGUGCUAGGUCUAUGACAGAUCCAAAGUGCACCACGGGACGAUACAAGGUUGCUUGUUUUGGUGACAAGAUGAUCAUAAACAUUAACCCGUACGGAACGUUUAGUGGACGAAUCUACUUGUGGAACAAACCGGCUUGUACCAUCGUAGAUAGCAUAGACAACAGCAAUUCAGAACAUGGCGAGUUCGUUGGAGGCAAAGUGAGAGAAAUUCAAUACACAGGUGAUGCUACCUGUGGUGACGUCACGUCAAACAGCCAGAAUUACGUCACAGAGUACACGACUGACGUGUUUGUUGGAUUUAAUCCGAAAUACACGAGCUGGCGUGACGAAAUCGUGACAGUGACGUGCAAACUUGACAAAGCUAACAACGUCAUCACUUCCAGCAUUGCGUCAAAUACUAUCGAGAAGGCGCAGCUCAAAGAAACCAAAACUAAAAACGACAUCGAGGCUGUCACAGUCGAGGUCAAGGUCAAUGGUGAUGCCUUAACUCCUGGAGAGAAGGUCGACAUGGGUCAGAUGCUGUCCUUCACUUUUACUGCAGCAUCAGGGUUGACUCACAUGAUCUUGUACACCGUGAAGAUAGACAACGGGAAAGAGAGCUCCAAUUCGAAGUAUCAGUUCGUGGACCUUCUAGAGCAGGGCUGCAAGAGUCCAUCAAAGAUAUCGGAUAUAUGGAACGCGCCGCCAAGUGAUGUUGAAGGACGUAAUAAAGUGAAGUUUGAAUUCAAAACGUUUGUGUUCACCGAGACUGCCACGAUGAAAGUGACCUUCACCGUUCGAGUCUGUGCUUCCGGUACCGAAGCUCUAUGUGAUACUAUUGACUGUAGUGGAGAUACGUCAUCAGGGAGAAGGAAGCGGCUCGCCAAUGACGUCACCAACCAGACACACGUGCUUGAAAGAACUUUCCUUGUCGUCUACCCAGAAGUGACAGAAACAGCGGAAGUGACGAAGAGUGAUAACCGACGCAGAGAACAAGAGUGUGAGACCAGUCCGUCCAUGAUCGGCACUGUCGCUGCUUUAGCUGGCGUUGUCGCCCUUCUCAUAAUUCUUCUGUUUGUUUUUGUGGUGCGAUCUUUCGUGCGAAAACCAAAGAAUUGGGAGGAACGAAAACAGAGCAAUUAGGGAGACGUUACGUCGCAAUAUUUUCUUUACUUAUAAGAAGUGAAAUGACAUAUUAUUUUGCUUAAACAGAUCAUUUUAUAUUUUUUGCAAUCUUUAACCAGACGGCAUAUGUCAGUCGAUUACUAACACAUAGUAGCAUAUGGGUUUUGCUUUUUAUAAGGGUUUUUCGUUUUUGUUUAUAUGGUGUUGGUUUUGUGUGUUUUUUAAAAGGCGAGAUAUACGGUAGAUAUUACUUUUUCGACAUCAGCGGAGGCAACGCCGUCAACGUUUGUGUUUAGGUUUUGCAGCUAUAUUCAUUUCUCAUAACCAUAAGCUCUGAAUCAAUGAAACGUGGUUUGUAGUUGCACCUAUGGAUGUUCACCACAGAGGCAAGAUAUUGGUGGAUGGUUUAAAUUUCAAAGCUUUUUUUUAUUAUUUAUUUUAUUAUUAUUAUUAUUAUUAUUAUUAUUAUUAUUAUCAUUGUUGUUGUUGUUGUUGUUAUUAUUGUUAUUAUUGGGGAGGGGUUGGAGGUUUGGGUUAGUUUUUUUUAUCAUGGAUUUCGUUUGGAUUAUUUUCGUUAGGGCCGAAUUUACGACACGUUACAAUCAUUUAUUUUAAAUAGGUUUCAUUCUAAAACGCGGACACAGACGUAUGCGUGCGGCUAAACAAGUGUGCAUUGUAAAUGAGUAAAUCAGUUUGGGAAAGUUUCGUAUCACUAAGUUAUACUCUUUGUGUGUGUGUGUGUGUGUGUGGGGGGGGGGGGGGGUAAUUUCAGCCCUAAUAUUUUAAUAUUAGAUAUAACAUUUGCUGUAUGUUUCAAUAUGUGUAUUUCGUAGGUUGUAUAUUCUGUAUCUUUCAAAUAUGCAUACAUUAUGUUAAAUGAACCGGUGAUGUUUUAAGGUUUUACAUGUUACUUGAAGUAUGUUGUUUAUCGGUCACUGUGAUUGAAAUAAGCUCCGCUUGUUUAUAAUGGUUACCUGUACAGUAGAGGAGAUUUCUGUUAGGUUGGCUUAUCGUUGUAAUGUGUAUACUGAGGGUGAACUAUUUACUUUGGUAUUUUGCAUAUCUGUUUGUAUUAUUUUAAUCUAUUUAUAGCUAGUAACACCUUACUUAUUUGUAAUGUUAAAAAUAGAUUUGUUUACUUUAACGACACUACUAGAGGACAUUGAUUUAUUCAUUGUUGAAUCUUGGAUAUUAAACAUUUGGUAAUUUUCA